AUGGUUCACCCAGCCACAGCUCCCAAAGGUGCCCCUCAAGCCUUCGACUUCAUCGUCGUCGGUGGUGGCACUGCUGGCUGUGUUGUUGCUGGUCGUCUGGCUGAGAAUCCCAAGGUCUCAAUACUCGUUAUUGAAGCUGGUAUCAAUAACACUAGCGAAAUCCCCGAGAUCUCUACCCCAGCCCGUGCCUUUGAGCUGCGCGGCAGUCAAUAUGACUGGGGUUACAAAACCACCAUGAUCAACCGACCAGACUACACCCGAGUUGAGAAGCCCAACACUCGUGGUAAGAUGCUCGGUGGCAGCAGUGGUGGCAACUACUAUACAUGGGUUCGUGGCAGCGCAGCCACCUUCGAUGACUGGGCCGAGUAUGGCACAGACGAGUGGAACUGGGAGAACACCAAAGCAUACUUCAACAAGUCGACGACAUACCACGACGACGACAACCUCUACCCCACCGAUCUUGCAAAGAUUGGCAAUUUGGGUGGGCCCCUUCACAUCUCGCAUUCCGACUUGAUUCCGGAGCUCAAGCCUUUCCGGGAUGCUCUUGAGACGGCAUGGGUCAGCAAGGGCCAGGAGCUUACCUCCGACGUCUACAGCGGCACCCAAAAGGGUCUGUUCAAGUGCGUCAACUCCAUCUACAAGGGUGUCCGAUCUACCGCCGCAGUCUUCCUCGAGGGCAAGCCAAACGUGACGCUCAUGUCCUCGACCAUCUCCAAGAAGCUUGUCUUUGAAGGCAACAAGGCUGUUGGUGUAACCGUCAUCGGCCCUGACGGUCAAGACUACACCUUCCGUGCCAAGUACGAGGUCAUUGUCUCACAAGGAGUGUUUGAAUCACCCAAGCUCCUCAUGCUUUCGGGCAUCGGCCCCAAGGAACACCUCGAGUCCAAGGGUAUCAAGACCCUCGUCGACUCGCAGCACGUGGGCCAGAAUCUCCUGGACCACCCCAUCCUGUCCCACGUCUUCAAGAUCAAGGACGGCUACGGCUUGGACAGCCAUCUCCUGCGUGCCGGUCCUCAGAAGGACGGUGCCGUCGCCGCCUACCGCAAGGACCGUACCGGCCCGUACAGCAGCGGUCUGCUUGAACUGGUUGCCUUUCCCCGUGCGGACGAAUGGUUCGAGACAUCCAAAGAGUACCGGGAGUACAAGGCCAAGAACGGCGGAGUUGACCCCUUUGGGCCUGGCGGACAGCCACACUUUGAGGUUGACUUUCCCAUGUUCUGUGACGCCUUCCAAUGGCAUUUCCCGACCCCUCCACAGGGUGACUACCUGACUGUGAUUGUGGACUUGAUGCGCCCUCUGUCGCGCAACGGCGAGGUCAAGCUCAACUCGACCGACCCGAAGGAGCAGCCAUACGUCAACAUCAACUUCUUUUCGCACGACCUGGACCUGAUCGCGCUGCGCGAGGGUGUGCGCAUGAUCGACGACAUCGUCAUGAACGGCGAGGGCAUGAAGGACAUUAUCGAGGGCGACUACCCCUGGCCCAUGCCGCGCAACUCGGACGAGGCCAUGAUCCGUCAGAUCUUGGAGCGUUCGCAGACGGGCUUCCACCCGUGUGGUACCGCGCGCUUGAGCAAAGACAUCCAGCAGGGUGUGGUCAACCCCAAGCUGCAGGUCCACGGCACCUCGGGCCUGCGCGUCAUCGACGCCUCGGUCUUCCCCGUCAUUCCUGACUGCCGCAUCCAGAACGACGUUUACAUGGUGGCUGAGAAGGGAGCUGACAUGAUCAAGGCGGAGUACCCGAGCCUCUACAAAUGA